AUGGCUUGCAGCCUCUCUUUCACUGCCAUCACUGACUUUCCACUUACACUUGAAAAAUUCACAAACCAUCCACAAAGAAUCUAUCCUUUUCCUUUUCUACCACUUCAUACCUCUUCUGGGUACGGCUCUUUUAAGUGCUUUGCGAACUCUAGAAGAAAAACAACAUCACCAUUAGUUGUUCAUGCAGUGAAGGAAGAAGUGAUUGGUCAGUCACCAAUUUCAGAGGCUACCCUUGAUUCUAAAUCCAUCUCUCCAUCUUCCUCCAAGCUUGUUCUCGUCGUUGGUGGCACUGGUGGUGUUGGGCAGCUAGUAGUGGCAUCAUUGCUGAACCGUAAUAUUAAAUCACGCUUGUUACUACGAGGUCCUGAGAAAGCAAUUGAACUGUUUGGUGAACAAGAUGAGGAGAUGCUGCAGGUAUUUAAAGGAGACACUCGGAACCCGGAGGAUCUAGAUCCAUCUUUGUUUGAGGGAGUCACACAUGUGAUCUGCUGCACUGGAACAACAGCUUUUCCUUCAAAGCGAUGGGAUGGAGAUAAUACACCAGAAAGAACAGAUUGGGAGGGUGUAAGGAAUCUUGUUUCUGCAUUGCCUUCAACACUGAAAAGAAUUGUUCUUGUUUCAUCAGUUGGUGUAACCAAAUUCAACGAACUACCAUGGAGCAUUAUGAAUCUUUUUGGUGUUCUCAAGUAUAAGAAAAUGGGGGAAGAUUUUGUUCGCAAUUCCGGUCUCCCUUUUACCAUAAUCAGACCUGGGAGAUUAACAGAUGGACCUUACACAUCAUAUGAUCUAAAUACCUUGCUCCAAGCUACUGCUGGUAAUAGGCGUGCAGUUGUCAUUGGUCAAGGAGAUAAGCUUGUUGGAGAGGUUAGCAGAAUUGUAGUAGCCGAAGCUUGCAUUCAGGCAUUGGACAUAGAUUUUACCGAAGGCGAAAUUUAUGAAAUCAACUCAGUUGAGGGAGAAGGUCCUGGAUGUGAUCCGCAGAAGUGGAAAGAGCUAUUCAAAAAUGCUCGAUCACAAUAG